AUGUCUUACCUGGCCCAGCAGCAGCAGGGGCAGGAUAAAGAGGAGCUGAAGCCAAAGCUGGAUGCGGAUCCGGCUGGCGUCUGUCUGAGUGGAGGAGACUGGUUACCCAAUGGAAAUGCCAGUGGCUGGGGGGAAUUUAUAUCCCUUACACCAGAACGGUCAGAGAAAUAUUACCAAUACAAUCUUCAGCUGAGCGACACUGUGGGAGCAUUUAGAAAAGUGCCCAAAACAAGGCAUGCAAGCUGUGACACCCACAACUACAGCCUGCCGCCCUUCUUGGAAGCCCGAGUGAGUGUGGUGAUAAGCUUCCACAACGAGGCUCGUUCAAUGCUGCUGCGCACCAUAGUCUCCCUGCUGAGCCGCACUCCCGCGGACUAUCUGCACGAGAUCGUCCUCGUGGACGAUGCCAGCCAGGACAAAACCCUCCUCGAGGAGCUCCGUGCCUGGCUAGGCACACUAGGUCGUCCGAGGUUCAUCUUCCUGACCAACAAACAGCGUCAGGGCCUGAUUUCAUCGCGAAAUAUGGGCGCCGCCUUGGCAAGCGGCGAUUACAUCCUCUUCCUGGACAGCCACUGCGAGGUGAACGAUGGCUGGCUGGAACCCCUGUUGGAGAGAGUGUCGCACAGGCCCAAUCUAGCGGUCAGUCCCGUGCUGGACCCCAUUGACCCCGUCACUUUGAGGUACCAGAAGGGCAACGAGAUGUUGAGGGGUGGGUUCGAUUGGUCCCUGCACUUCCACUGGCAUAAACGCGAGCUAACCAACCAAGAGCUGCCCGAGACGCCUUACAGUAGUCCCGUCUUUGCUGGCGGUGUGCUGUUGAUGUCACGCGAGUGGUUCCUUAAGCUUGGCAGCUUCAACGCGAAUCUGAAGAUCUGGGGCGGUGAGUCCAUCGAGCUGGCCAUUAAAUUGUGGCUUUGCGGCGGACAAAUUGAGAUCGUGCCCUGCAGUCGAAUCGGACACAUCUUUCGCCGGCACCAUGCUUUCGACUUCCCACUGCAGUACCCCGAACAUCCGAUGGAGCAGGAACUGAGCCCCGCCCAGGCAACCUAUCUGCACAACUCAAAAAUCAUAGCCGAGUCCUGGCUGGACGAGUACAAAAGUAUGUUCUACGCACUGAAGCCGGCGGCCAGGAGAAUUCCAUUGAAUCACACAUCCCACCAGCUGCAGCAGCUGAGGAGGGAGAGCCGGUGUCAUCGCUUCCAUUGGUAUCUGCGGCAUGUCAGUCCCGAACUAAGUUCGAUGCUUUAUGAAUUCGCUGCGACGGGGACUCUGAGGAACGAGGAUCGGUGUCUGCACCACGCCGGAGUAAAGAACUCUCGCCAGCAGUUGAUCCUGGUGAGCUGCUACCACGACGACAUCACCCAGUGGAGCCUGUUUCGUAGUACCGGGCAGCUCAGUACCCAACGAGAGUUCUGCCUGAGCGUGGAAGUACCCCUCGAAGUCACUCUGAAGCCGUGCCUGCGGACGAACGAUACUGCAAGCAUGUCCCAGCGCUGGCACCGAAUGGGCACUAGUCUAGUGCACAACCAGACCCACCUUUGCCUGGAUAAUCCGCUCAAGGGCCGCCUCGAGCUGACCGCCUGUCGCUGGCAUGCGGUGUCGCAGUCAUUUCAAUUUGCAUUGGAAAUGGAGAGGCAAACAUAA